GAGGAGUCAACGAGGGUUAGUUGAUGGUGUUGGCCUCCCCACUGGAACCCAACAAGUUCUCUACAGUCACCGGCUACCGAUUGCCGGCGCAAGCCGGACUUUCCUUGGAGGACGCCCAGCUGCGGCACAAGCAUCUCCGCCGAAACAACGAGGGCCUGGUCACGGAUCAAGUUUUCGCUCUUUUUCAGGCUGCAGUUGGGCCCUGGGCUCUCGCAUCAAUAGUCAAUGAGCCUCUUAUACACAGACAUCAGCCCCCACCCAAGCCCGUCCGUCACUCCCACACCUAACGCCGCCAUGAGAGCCAAGAUGAGAUUGUUGCUGCUGGUCUUUGCAGCAGCUGUUUGUGUGUCCUACGCUCAAACCAGCAACAACAGCAACGACAACAGGCAGCAACAGCAGCCGCAGCAGCAACAGCAACAGCAGCAGCAGCAGCAGCGCAGCAUCUGGGAUGAGGCCAUCAAAUUCACCACCAAGACCAAAGACUCAUGCACCAUGGUUGUGUCUGGAGCCGGGGACUAUACUCGCCUUCGUGUCUCCUGCAAAGGUCAGACCCCAGGACGCUCCUACUACUGCGACUUUCAGGGCAAACCCAACCUGUGCCGCGCCUACAACCUCAACCCUCGCCACUACUUCAUCCAGAUGAUGUGGGAUCUGAGGAAGCUGAGCCACGCCUGCCAGGGACCCAGAAUCUACCGCCCUCAGAUGUGCAAGAAGUACCCUGACGAGGCCCAGAUGACCUUCGUGGCCUCCUGGCCCAAGACCACCACCCCCAAGCCCUCCAAGCCCGUCCAGGAGCCACGUAGACCAGCAGUGCCAGCCCAGACCAAGCCAGCUACCACUCCUAAACCUGUGAAGCCCCAGUCUCAGCCUAUCAAGCCCCAGCCAGGCAAGGGCACCCAGACCAAGAAAACUACCCUCAAGCCUGGGAAGACCACUACUCGUCCCACUGAGCAGCCCGGCUCCAAAGCCUCCCGCAUGGCUUCUGAGUACUGCUGGAAGAGCUUCCACGGCAUCUGCACCUACUUCAUCAGCUGGUUCCAGAACUGAGACGAUACUGCAGACACAGGUUGGAAUCACCAGCGAUCAACCGACUCUUCUAUCUUCUGUAUGAGAGCCUCUGGAGUCAUUUCAUUGCUUUGUGAUGUCCGACUCUGCACGUUCAGCAUCCUACAGCCUUGAGCCCACACUCGAUGUGUACGAUUAGACUGGUGUCCUGUGGCGUGCAUGCCAUUUUUAAAUGUGUAAAACACAAAGAAGGGUAAAGGGAAAAUAUGGCAGGCAUGUGUUUCUGUUUGUAUAUGAUGUAAAGUUCCCUCCUUAUGUCACACAAAUAUUUCAACAGCAUUUAUUCCAGGAAAGAAAAUGUGAAGAUUAAGAAAAUAAAGUCAGAGUGGUGACCUCUC